AAAAAAAGAAAAAGCGAAGGAAAAUCCAGCGGCGCGCCUGCCUGGCUCCCGGGAAGACGCGGCGGCUCCAGGGGCGGGGGCGCGAGCCGAGAGCGGGAGAGUGAGCGGCGCAGGAUGGACGUGAUGCUCUUGGUCCAAGGUGCCUGCUGCUCGAACCAGUGGCUGGCGGCCGUGCUGCUCAGCCUGUGCUGCCUGCUGCCCUCCUGCCUCCCGGCCGGACAGAGCGUGGACUUCCCCUGGGCGUCGGUGGACAACAUGCUGGUCCGGAAAGGGGACACGGCGGUGCUCAGGUGUUAUUUGGAAGAUGGAGCUUCAAAGGGUGCCUGGCUGAACCGGUCAAGUAUUAUAUUUGCUGGAGGUGACAAGUGGUCAGUGGAUCCUCGCGUUUCAAUUUCAACGCUGAAUAAGAGAGAUUACAGCCUGCAGAUACAGAAUGUGGAUGUAACAGAUGACGGCCCAUACACCUGUUCUGUGCAGACUCAGCAUACGCCCAGGACGAUGCAGGUGCACCUUACUGUGCAAGUUCCUCCGAAGAUAUACGACAUCUCCAGCGACAUGACCAUCAACGAAGGAACCAAUGUGACCCUUACUUGUCUGGCCACCGGGAAGCCAGAGCCAUCCAUUUCUUGGCGACACAUCUCCCCGUCAGCAAAACCAUUUGACAGUGGACAAUAUUUGGACAUUUACGCAAUUACAAGGGACCAGGCUGGGGAAUAUGAAUGCAGUGCAGAAAAUGAUGUGUCCUUCCCAGACGUGAAGAAAGUAAAAAUCAUCGUGAACUUUGCUCCUACGAUUCAGGAAAUUAAAUCUGGCACUGUGACGCCCGGACGCAGUGGACUGAUAAGAUGCGAAGGUGCAGGUGUGCCGCCUCCGGCCUUCGAAUGGUACAAAGGAGAGAAAAAGCUCUUCAAUGGCCAACAAGGAAUUAUUAUUCAAAAUUUUAGCACAAGAUCCAUUCUCACUGUUACCAAUGUGACACAGGAGCAUUUCGGCAAUUAUACGUGUGUGGCCGCCAACAAGCUGGGCACGACCAACGCGAGCCUCCCUCUUAACCCUCCAAGUACAGCCCAGUAUGGAAUUACCGGGAGCGCUGAUGUUCUUUUCUCCUGCUGGUACCUUGUGUUGACACUGUCCUCUUUCACCAGCAUAUUCUACCUGAAGAAUACCAUUCUACAAUAAAUUUAAAGACCCGUAAAAGGCUUUUAAGGAUUCUCUGAAAGUGCUGAUGGCUGGAUCCAAUCUGGUACAGUUUGUUAAAAGCAGCGUGGGAUAUAAUCAGCAGUGCUUACGUGGGGUUGAUCGCCUUCUGUAGAAUUGCUCAUUAUGUAAAUACUUUAAUUCUACUCUUUUUUUGAUUAGCUACAUUACCUUGUGAAGCAGUACACAUUGUCCUUUUUUUUAAGAUGUGAAAGCUCUGAAAUUACUUUUAGAGGAUAUUAAUUGUGAUUUCAUGUUUGUAAUCUACAACUUUUCAAAAGCAUUCAGUCAUGGUCUGCUAGGUUGCAGGCUGUAGUUUACAAAAACGAAUAUUGCAGUGAAUAUGUGAUUCUUUAAGGCUGCAAUACAAGCAUUUUGUUCCCUGUUUUAAUAAGAGUCAAUCCACAUUCACAAAGAUGCAUUUCUUUCUUUUUUGAUAAAAAGCAAAUAAUAUUGCCUUCAGAUCAUUUCUUCAAGAUAUAACAUAUCUAGAUUUUUCUGCUCGCAUGAUAUUCAGGUUUCAGGAAUGAGCCUUGUAAUAUAACUGGCUGUGCAGCUUCUCUUUCCUGUCAGUUCAGCAUGGGUGUGCCUUCAUAAAAUAAUAUUUUUCUCUUUCUCUCCAACUCAUACAAAACAUUUUGCUAAAUCUUACAAUUUGGAAGCAAAACUAAAUGGUAACGAUAGAGUUAAACACAACCCUAUCUCUAAAAAGCUACUGAACUAUUCCUUUGUUAACUGGUGGGGUUAGAGAAUUUUGCCCCAGAAUAACUCAAUUUUUGUGAUGAAAAGUAAUUAACAACAUAGUAAA